GCCUGGCCACCAGUGUCCCAGUUUUCCGCCCCCUCUCACUCGUAAUUUUUCUUUUGUUUGGAAAUUUUCGAGUUAGUCACGACACAAUGAGCAGCGAAGGCCAGGCUAGCGGCCUCACCUACCCCGUGCAGUGCUCUGCCCUGCGCAAGAACGGUCUUGUCAUCAUCAAGGACCGCCCCUGCAAGAUUACCGACAUGUCCACCCACAAGACCGGUAAGCACGGUGGUGCCAAGGUUAACAUGACUGCCGUCGAUAUCUUCACCGGCCGCAAGUACGAGGAGAGCGCCAUGUCCACCAUGAACAUGGAUGUCCCCUUCGUCACCCGCACUGAGUACACCCUGCUCGACAUUGCCGACGGCUACUACCACCUCAUCAACACCGACACCAACGAGGAGCGCGAGGACAUCAAGUUCACCGAGGACGAGGUUGGCCUUAAGAUCCAGGAGGCCUUCCAGGGUUCUGACAAGAACAUCGUCGUCACCAUCCUCAAGGCCAUGGGUGAGGAGGCCGCCAUCUCCUUCAAGGAGGAGAACUAAGCUGGUGUGUCGGACCAUGGAGGAUGCAUGACCCCCGGGCCGAAAGCCCUUCCCCCCUCUCCCUUUCCCCGUCCUUGCUUCUUUCCUUCCUUCCCCGGCCGUGUGCCCUGCUGCCCCGUGUCUCCCCCUCUCCUCCCCCUCCCCUGCUGUCGGCCGGGAGGGAGCCCCUGCGAGAGAGGGGGAUGUCCCGCUUCAGAUGGAGCUUGUCAGUCGAGCGUGCGCGCCUGCGCGCGCGCACUUCCGUCUGCCGAGCUCGAUUUCCCCUGACACGCGCCAUGGCGGCGGUCUGAUGGUGGUGGUGGCGGUGGGGUUGUUUUUUUCCCCCCUUCCCCGUUUCCUGGCCGCCGCCGUGUGACAGGGUGUUGAUCCUUGUGUGCCGCCCGCCGCUCUCUCCCCUCCCCCCCUUUCGUGGGGGCAGGUGGGGCGCCGCGCGCGCUCCCCCUGCGCCCUUCCUGUGGAAUACAGUUCCCACUUGAGCC